AUGGCCUGGUGGAUUAUCAUUCUUCUCUGCGUUGGAAACUCAGGUGCCCAGUUAAUGGAUGUACGCAGUAAAAAUGAACCCUACUUAGAGGAAAGUCUGUUAAGUCUUCUUCUAAGAUUGCAACUGGAGGAGACCUACGACACUUUGCUUGUCUAUGGAGAAGAUUGCGUUUUCCACUCCCUGUCCAGACGUUUGGAUGUAUCCACAGUGCUGGUGUCCGCAGGUAGCUUCAACUUCGAUUGGAACUUCAGCAGUCUGACCCUGAUAGUUAGCUGUGACCCCGAAGCAGAGAGGGAGGUCACCUAUCGCACGCUUAGAAAGCUGCAAAGGAAUAGGCGUCUGAUCCACCUGCAAGGCAAUAUCCAACCAGAGUCUGUGUGCAAUCGCUAUUCACAAAAGGAGCAAUACAAUAUAGCAAUGGUGAGAGAAGAUUUCAAUAGGUCAGGCGUUAUCUACGCCUGUCGCUUAUUUGAAAAUCCUAAAGUCGAAGAAGUAAACUUACUGGACAUAAGAGAAAUUUACAUUGAAAACUUUAAAAACAUGUUUGGCAAACCUAUAAGAACAGUGGCGGAUCUUUUACCCCCUCGUUCCAUGGUUUAUCUGGAUGCAAAGAGCGGUGAUAUGAAAGUGACAGGGUAUGUGGCCAACUUGAUUACCAACUUUGCUGAGAAAGUAAAUGCUACCUUGCAACUGGAAGUUUUGGGCAAUAAAUACAUUGUAAGGGAAAUACUAAAGAUGGUGGAGAACGAACAGCUUGACAUUGGCACUACCUUGGAUACCUCUUUGAGAACAGCGAUCCUUGAAACAUCCAGCUACCCAUACAUUCUGACGUCGUACUGUCUAAUGCUACAGGUACCAGAACAAUUGCCCUACAAUAUGGUCUAUGCCAUUAUUCUGGAUCGCCUGGUCGUCGGGAUUAUCUUUUUGCUGUUCUGCCUGCUCUCCGUACUGCUAAUAUAUAGUAAGAAAAUGUCGUGGCAGGACCUGAGCCUGGCCAACAUCCUGCUGAACGACAAGAGCCUACGAGGCCUCUUAGGCCAAUCGUUUCCGUUUCCCUCCAACGCAAGCAAACAUCUGAGGAUCAUAUUUUGCAUACUUUGCUUUGCAAGCAUCCUGAUUACCACCAUGUACGAGGCCUAUCUGCAAUCGUUUUUUACGAACCCCCCACCUCAACCUAAAAUUCACUCCUUCAGGGAUAUUGGUAAAUAUCACCCAAUUGCAAUCCCCUCAAUAGAGAUUGAUUCCUUGAUCAAGACAAAUAAUUCGAAUUUCCAAGAAAUUCGGCAAGACGACUUAGUAAUCUUUGACAAUGUGCCGGAGUGCUAUGUGCUGCGCGACUCAUUUAACUCAAGCUACAGUUUUGCGGUGACGGGAGAUCGUUGGAGCUCCUACGCGGAGCAGCAGGAGCUCUUCAAAGAGCCAGUCUUCUAUUUCGCAAGAGACCUCUGUUUUUCCCGCCUUCUAUUCAUGUCCAUUCCCCUUCGAGCGCACCUGCCAUAUCGACACCUCUUCGAGGAGCACAUGAUGCGACAGCAGGAGUUCGGCCUGGUGAUUUUCUGGCGGAGCAACAGCUUCUUCGACAUGGUGCGACUGGGACUGACACCUCUCAAGGACUUAAGCCAUCCAAGAGCAUACUCUCCAAGUCUACUAUUGGAGGAUGUCUCUUGGAUUCUGAAACUCUACCUGGCUGCCAUGGUGCUCAGUAUUUUCUGCUUUUUAUUGGAGUUGAGUGGAAAAAAGUGGAGGCGCUGGCGUGCCCAGUUAAUGGAUGUACGCAGUAAAAAUGAACCCUACUUAGAGGAAAGUCUGUUAAGUCUUCUUCUAAGAUUGCAACUGGAGGAGACCUACGACACUUUGCUUGUCUAUGGAGAAGAUUGCGUUUUCCACUCCCUGACCAGAAGUUUGGAUGUCUCAACAGUGCUGGUGUCCGCAGGUAGCACCAACUUCGACUGGAACUUCGCCACCCUAACACUUAUACUAAGUUGUGGGUUUAAAGCCGAGAAAGAGGAAAACUAUCGAACCCGGAUGAAGCUGCAAACAAACAGGCGUCUAAUCCUUCUAAGGGAGGAUAUUCAACCAGAGACUGUAUGCGAAUAUUACACGAAAAAGGACCAGUAUAAUAUAGCCAUGGUAAAAGUCGACUUCGAUCAGGACGGAGUAGUCCACUCGUGUCGCUUUUUUCAAGACCGAAAAUAUGAGAAGAUUAAUAUUUUCGAUGGUCAACAGAUUUUCAUAGAACAAUUUCGAAACAUGCGCGGAGCUCCGAUCAGAACAAUCUCAGACAACUUCGCUCCCGGAUGCAUGAUUUACAGAGACCCGAAAACAGGUGAAGAGAAGUAUACCGGAUUUCUGGCUAAUUUGAUAGUUCACUUCGUGAAGAAGGUAAAUGCCACCAUGGAUAUGCAGGUGAAUUUGAGUGAGGCCGGAGAGCAAAUAGCGUUCGAUAGAAUUUCAAAUUGGACGUCGGAGGACCUUCUAGACAUUGGCAUGAGCGAAGGCGCAUCCUGGGACAUGUCGAACUACGAUACGCUUUCUUAUCCGUACCUAGUAACGUCCCACUGCUUCAUGGUUCCUCUUCCGGACUUGGUGCCAUUCAGGGAGCUGUACAUGCUAAUCGUAGAUCCCCCCGUCCUGGCCGCCCUCUUUGUUAUAUUCUGCACCAUCUCGCUGCUCCAGUUCUACACCCAGAGGAAGUCCUGGCGCGGCUUGAGCCUGUCCGGCGUGCUGCUAAACGAUAUUUGUUUGAGGGGAUUUGUGGCUCAGCCGUUUCCUUUUCCACUUCAGUCCAGCAAAAAACUGAAACUGCUGUGCCUAAUUGUGUGCUUCACCAGCCUCAUGAGCACCACCAUGUAUUUGUCUUACCUCCAGAGCUUCAUGUGUGGUUUGCUGCACGAGCCGAUUAUGCUCAGCGUACUCGAUGUGGAGAAGUCCAGGUACAAGGUGGCAGUACCCUGGUUCGAAUUGGAUUUGCUGCUAAGCCUUAACAUCACCAAAGAGAAGAUGCUGAUCCUAGAGGACGCCGACCAAUUCGAUCGGUUGCGGGAGAGCUUUGAUGGCAAUUUUAUCUACCCGAUAGUGGAAGCGCGCUGGAGCACCUUCAACGAACAGCAGAAACUCUUCGCCAAUCCCAUGUUCUACUACUCUGAUUCACUCUGUCUAUACAACGUCGACACCUUGACAAUUCCUAUUCGACGACACCUGCCCUAUCGCGAUCUCUUCGAGGAGCACAUUAUGCGCCAGCACGAGUUUGUCUUGCCGAUGUACUGGAUCGCUCGAAGCUUUAUGGAUAUGGUAACCCUAAAGCUUACGCCGUUUCAGGACUUAAGUCCACCACGCCGGAAUGAUCAAAUCGAAAUGGGGGAUAUUGUUUGGGUUUUAGGCAUGUUUGGUACUGGAUUAGGCAUUAGUUGCUGCUGCCUUGCCAUUGAGCUUUUGGGAUCUCUGAGCUGCUGGAAACGCUUUAAAACUCAUAGGGUUAAGGGUUAA